CUCUUCGAAGAGCGCUCCAUAGUGUUUGUGAUCUGGUAGUGCACAUAUAAAUACGCUCUUCGGUCCCAUUGAAAAACAAACGGCACUCGCCCCUGUAUAUCAGUUUCAAUAGCGCGGACCAUGGCGGCUGCUACCAGCAGCAAUACUACCACAGCCAGUCUACCUAUAAAGCAUUCCAGUAUCGAACAUGCACGAAAGCGCAUAGAUCCACGAAGAAGACAAGCAGCCCUUUCUUUCCUCAGCAAUAUUUCUUUGGACGGACGACCAGUGCAAGAUGACGGCGACAAUCAGGGCGACGAGGACGGUUCCGUUGAGGCAAGGACUAGACAGAGCCUGGUUUCUGCAGAGCGAGCAAUGUAUCCGGCUGGUGCUGCAGCGACGGCGGCCCAGGCACUCGCUGCUGCAAACCAGGCUCUAAUCUUGAACGCUCGAGGGAGUUUCGGGAUAAGUCCGCUCGCAGCCCCUAUUUGUGCGAAUCCGGAAGGCGAUGCAUUCGCCUGCGGGGUACACGCGGCUGGUCAGGCUGUUUUUAGUUCUCCGUUCUCCGCAGUGCCAGCAGCGACAAGGGGAAGGCUGCAGACGUACACUCAGGGAAUUUUACCCGUCACCUUCACCAGGCAAGCAUCUCAGAACUACUGCUGCCUGGAAAGUGGGCAGAUCGGAAACGCUGCCCUGGAACUGCAAAGAUCCAGACGAAGACUCAUAUCCCAGCGCUCUUCCCUGGAAACUCUGGAGGACAUUGAGGAGAAUGCACCGCUGCGCAGAUGCCGAACUUUGUCGGGUUCACCCAGACCAAAGAGCUUCAAGAAGGUCCACUUCAUCAAGAACAUGAGACAGCAUGACACACGCAAUGGAAGGAUAGUCCUUAUCAGUGGCAGAAGAUCCCUCUGUAGUGUAUUAUCUGUCCUGCCUUAUCGAGAUUGUAGCCAAGCAGGGGAGAUGAAACUGGAUGGUGCUGGCCGCCAGCGACACCCCUCGGGCGGGGUCAGCGCCAAGGAGAUGGUGAUCGGGCUGGAGGGUGUAGAGCUGGGCGCUGACGGAAAGACGGUGUCCUACACCCAGUUCCUCUACCCCACCAACUCCCUCAGUGGCCGCAGGAACACCAUCGACUCCACCUCCUCCUUCUCGCAGUCCCGCAAUGCCAGCCACCGUAGCCUCAGCCUGGGUCGUGCCAACAGCAACCAGAGCAGCAUCGACACAGGGAAUGAGAUGGGAGACUGCUUUGAAUACGACCCCAAUCUGCUUGACGACCCUCAGUGGCCUUGCGGGAAACACAAGAGGGUGUUGAUCUUCCCAUCAUACAUGACGACGGUCAUAGAGUACGUCAAGCCCUCCGAUCUCAAGAAAGACAUGAAUGAGACCUUCAAGGAGAAGUUCCCUCACAUCCGACUGACCCUCAGCAAGAUCAGAAGCCUGAAGAGGGAGAUCCGAAAGCUGGCCCAGGAGGAGUGUGGCUACGAGGAGCCCACAGUUGCCAUGGCUUUUGUCUAUUUUGAGAAGCUGGCACUGCGAGGCAAGCUGAACAAGCAGAACCGCAAGCUGUGUGCUGGUGCCUGCAUGCUGCUCGCCGCUAAGAUCGGCAGCGACCUCAAGAAGCAUGAGGUCAAGCACCUAAUAGACAAACUGGAGGAGAAGUUUCGAAUGAAUAGACGGGAGCUGAUUGCCUUCGAAUUCCCCGUGCUGGUGGCUUUGGAGUUCAACCUGCACUUGCCAGAACACGAGGUCAUGCCCCACUACAGACGCCUUCUGCAGAGCUCCUAGCGCUGGCUCCCAAUCAGGAGAGCUGCCCUCUUCUGAUUUAUGAGGUCACCAAGGCUCUGUCUUCUGAUUUUGAGGUCACCAAGGCUCUGUCUUCUGAUUUUGAGGUCCCCAAGGCUCUGUCUUCUGAUUUUGAGGUCCCCAAGGCUCUGUCCUAUUCUGUUUAUGUGCAUCCUGAGGCUCCAUCCUCUUGGAUUGUUCCAUCCUCACUUGAUCUAGAGCUCCACAAGAACCCACUGUAUGCAGAAACCCUUUUCCUGGAGUUUCCACCCGCUCCAGAUCACAGAUUCCCAGAGAAGCCCUACCCACAAAUCCCUGCCCUUUUCUGGGUUACAUGCUUUUGAGACUGUAUAACUUCCACUCACCUCUCAGAAUAACAGUUGGGAAAGUAUUUGUUGAACAAAUUUGUUCUGAUAUUUGGAGAAUGAACAAACAGUGGUGCAAGAUUUGACAAGCUGACCAUCAUUUGACUGUUUCCCUUUUUUAUUGUGCACUUCUUUUAUUCAGGAAUUGGCCUUGUAUGUUUUUAACAUUCUUACGGAUUUUCUUUCAAAUGGUGGUGUGGUAAGGAAUUUACAGAUUGCCGAGUGGUGAAUGUGAUCACUCCUUUAAAUUUUAAAUUUUAAGAAGCAGCAUUUUAAGCUGGGAAUAAGUCAUAGAUUCUUCUUCACCAGCAAGCCAAUGUUUUGUGAACCCUGGGCCAGAUUUACUAAAAAACCACACACUACACACAUAGUCCAAUGUUUAAUCCACUUGCAGUUGUGACAUUAGCAAUCACCAAUGAACCAUUAACUCUUUUCACGUUAGCACCCUUUUACUUAUAACCAAUAAACUAGCAACAUGCACCUUAACAAAACAUCCUGUUCUCACUGGUAGCAGGGUUGCAUUCCCACGUAAUACAUAACUCAGUAGAUGGUACCUUACCUUGAACAAUACCAUUUAAAAUACAGGAAAAGAUUGCCACAUGUACACUGAAGAAAUACAACUGCAGUACAUAAGAAGAUAAAAGAUAAACGCUAAGUCUAAGAUGCAUUAAAAUAAAUGUGCUAGCAUUAUGUGAAGCACAGCUGACUAAAGGAAAAAAACCUUCUAAGGAAAAAAAAAAAAAAGAAAGAAAGAUUAAUCCAAUGUAUUCAAGAUAUCACACAUAUGGUCAGCAUUAUUACAUAUGUUCAGGAUUUUUAUUUCACAUCACAGCCUAUGUAUUGUCAAAUGUUAUUGAGAUAACGGCAAAUUCCAUAACUGCUUAAACCAUUUUAGGGGAAGGUUUCAUGCACCACAGAAUGUAUUAUAUUGAUUAAUAUGGAUUAGAAUUGUAUAGCAUGAGAUGUGAGCAGGCUUUAACAGAUGCAAAUUUAUGGUGUAGCAUUGCAGGACUAAUGAAAAUGUUUUUAUUUGUGAUAAAACAAAAUGAUAGGUUUAUGUCUAGCCUCAUGUGCUCCACCUAUUUAUUUUCUGUGUAAAUUAGGUAAAUUUAUGCACUAAAAUCAUUUGACCAGCUUUUGCUAUCAGUGCGCGAUUUGAAGGUGCAGUCUUCUUAUAAAACAAAAAGGCAUACAACUGUUGUCUUGCCAGAAGACUGAAAGGAAAAAAAGUCACUGUAUUUAGUGAAAUCUACGUUAUCUUUGUUGAGGUAGUAAUCCAAAGAUAUUGUUUAAGUGACUGAAUAAUGAAUCUCAAAAUUAGCCAGUGCCGUGAUUCAUUUCAUAAGUUAUGAAACGUACCUUGAAAUUUUUUUGUGGAAAAAUGUAAUUGCAAUUAACAUUAAUCUAUCAUGACAAAGUGAACUAUACGAGCUUGAGACAGACUUGCUCAAUGCAGACGAUCUAAAUCAAACAAUAAGUACAAGUAGCCAAGAGCAUGAAUGCUCAUAUUCAUAUACUUUUUCAUUUAAGUUUCCUGCCUGGUUACUUCAGCAGGAGAAAUGAUCUGCUCGUCAGCCAUGACAUUACACAUAUUGUGCUCUGGGUAUUUUGCAUUUAAUAUAUCCACUAAGAUAUGAUGUUUGUCCUUAACUAGGGUCUUUGUAAAUUUGAAUGGUGCUCAUAGUGUAGACAAUAUUCCAGUUAUACUGAGUUCACCCCAGUAAUACAUUGAUUUGUAAACAAUAACAUGCAUAAAUCUUUAGUGAUUCUGUACCCACAUCAGUGUUUGUUUGUACAUACAUGUACUGCAACUCAUUUGUAUUCCCCUGGUUUGCACUAUGCUAAUGUUCACGACUCUCACACAAACUUUUAGUAAAUAUUGGCCCUCCUGUCAUUUUAUUUUUAUUUUUUAUAUGACAAUUAUACUUUUCUUUUUGUUCUUUGAUGCCAAAUUUGUAGCCAAAGGUUGACUGAUUGUUAUUGUUGAGUGUUUAUUCUUGUAAUGUAUAAGUUCUCAUUAAUAGUCUGACGUGAUGAGUUACCUUUGAGCUCUUAUGAAGGUGAGCCGCAUUGAAGGCUGUGAAUGUAGCUAUAUUGGAUGCGACUGUUAUCUUCCAAGGUGACUAUUUUUGUGUGCAUAUUCCGCUUUCAACUUCUCUUGGCUAAAUGUGCACUUUUUAUGGGUACCAUGGAGAUGGAUGUUGCCUGCUGAGAUCCAGGUUGGGGGUGCAGAAGUGUUUCAUAAUUAACGGCAAAGUUUCAAAACUGGCUUGUCAUUUAUUUUGGCUUAGCUGAACAAAUCCCUUCGGAUUCAUCUAGGUUGUCUCGAUGUAAGUCUCCCACGUUAAUCACAGUGUUUUCACUGUAUAUUUCAUGGUCAUUCCAGUCUUCAUAGCCAGCAGCUUUACUUCCGGAUUGGUGGUUUAGUGGUAGGCGCAUUUUUACAGGGGAAAAAUUGCUGAAUGUUUAGUUAUGGGGAUUUCAUACAGUAUAGUACAUUUCAGUACUCAAACUUUUCUACUGGCUUUCCAAGCUUCAUUUGAACACGUGAAGGCUAGAACUGCUGUUGUGUGAGUUUGAUCCUUAGCCUGUGCUCUAUGUUAGAGUGUAUUAUCAGCACGUUUAUGGUGCUAAUCUCAAGCAGGGGCAGAAACUGAGCUUAAGGGUGCAUAGCUGAUGGCCAGCAAUGAGGGUAUGGCCAAUUGACAGGGCUCUGUGUCUUAUCUGAUGGGUGAAUGCACUGUAAUGUCAUUCACCACAGUGCCCUAUGUGUUUUCCUUCCUUCAUUUGAUCGGAUUUAAUGGAAUCCCAAUCCUAAAGUUGUAAGUUCAACAAAGACAGUUCCAGGUAGAGCAAACCCCUGCUUACUUCUCCAAAAGGACAGAAGAUUACCUGAUUUUGGGAAUUUCAAUUGCAGAUCAGUUAUGACAAUGAUGUACUUCACACUAGCAACCCAUCAUUACUAUAUUAUGAGGUAAAUUGUGGGCAUGCUGUAUUUUUAGUUCAGAGCAACUGAAAACCGUUCAACUAAGUUUGUAUCAUUUACCAUACACCAGUCCUGUUCUUCACUGGUAGGGUUCUGUUAGUGGCUUAUACAAUCAUAAUCUAUAAUCAGUUAUUUUCAGAAUAUUCUGUUUCAAAAUGCCAAAUUCUCUCUCUUCCUUUUGAUAAGGCCCGCAGUAUUGGUAGGCGGUGCUAAGAUCACCAUGUAGGGCUUUGAGUUUGAUCUUACAACUUGAGAGUGCUGUCUGCAGCAUCUUUUCUGCGAGCAUUGUUUAUUUUUCAUAACUGUGUGGUAGAGGCUUGGAGAGUAACAGCCUGCCGGCUGUGUGCUAAACACUCUUCCACAUAGGGCACAGCUUAUUAAAGUGUGAAUGUACGUGGUCAGCUUUCUCCUGAAUUCAAAUCAGAGCUCUUAAGAGAGAACAUGACAGAGAUUGCACACAGUGAUGUAAAUUAUUCCUAAGAAUCUUAAAAGAGCCUGACUUGUGAAGUAUCUCACUGCUUGGCCCUUUAGACAAGAGUUGGCCCCUGGGUGUGCACUUUAGGAUUUGUGAGGAAGCAAAUUGAUUUUCAAUUUCUUGAAAAUACAAAAUAUCUGUGUGUGUAAAUAGGCUUAUUUGCUUGUAGAAUAAAAACAAGGUGUUGAAAUGGUU